AAUUUAAUGAUGAUACUCCACAACAUUGAAGAAAGCCGUUGUUGCAUUUCAGCACGGGAAAUUGCCAGGGCCACAGGUAUAAUUAUUUCUAUGGGACUAGCACUAGGGCCGGUAGCAAGACUAUUCACAAGGAGCCUCUAUGCAUUACAGAAUAGUGUGCCUUUUCUGAGUUGUAAAGUCUGCUUGUCAGAAGAUUCACUAAAUGAAGUCCAGUUUUGGAUCAACAACUUCUCUGACCUUGUGGGUCAGCCAAUGUGGCAUUCAUCCCCUUGUAUAGAUGUUAUAUCCUACUCUGAUGCCAGCAGUACUGGUUGGGGUGGUUAUACAGUUCAACUUGGACAAUUGGUAGCACGUGGAGACUGGGUGGAGGAAGACAGAAGGCAAAGCUCUACCUAUAGAGAGCUUAAGGCGUGGCUGUGCCCAGGAAGUGAGGGAGUUGACUCGUUCACUCUCGAUUGGAGGGGUGAAAACAACUGGCUAGUACCGCCUGUGCACUUAAUUUCUCGCGUCGUGCGACACAUGAUUUACAACAAGGAGUCAGGGACAUUGAUUGUUCCCCACUGGCCAUCAGCGCCCUGGUGGCCCUUGUUCUUUAGGGACGAUGGUACAACUCAGGACUUCAUAGUGGGUUGUAUGGACAUCCCAAUCAGUGCUCAGACAUUCCUGCCAGGUUCUGCAGAAGGUGAUUUGUUUGGCCAUGGAGUGCCAUCAUGCAGAAUUUUAGCCAUAAGAAUUGUUUGCCAGUAAGACGGAACUCCCUCGAAUUCGGCGGAGAUGUUCAGAAUAUGCGUUAUGCAUUUAGUAAUGGUGGCCUGAGCUCCCCACAAGCAUUGUGGAGGUAUUCUUACUACUGCUCAUGUGGCCUUAUUCCUAGUAGUUAGCUUGUUAUAAGCUCUCCCACGUUGGUCGUGGAGCCUUAUGUGCCAAGAUGCUUGAACCUGUUAGAGGAAAGCGGCAAUUGGAACGCCAGUUAGGGUGCCUCGAGUGCAAUACUGAGCCUGGAGUCGUUUGCCAAAGGACCGGAUCAAGGGAAGUUAUUACUAUUUCUAAUUUAUAUAACAUGUUAUGCUUCUUUUCGUUCUCACUGUCUUUAUUGUUGUUUCUUUUCCAGGGCUAUUGAGCUGUAAUAUAGGGAACAUCAAAGAGCCGCACCUGGCAGCUCUUGCCAAGAAGCUACCCAGUGUAUUGAUACUUGAUAGAGCCACAUCCACUGUUCAUAAGUAUCACAGGAGCUUUAAGAGAUGGCAGGGCUGGGCUGAAAUGUAUGGUGUGUGUGCAUUGCCCGCUAAUGGGGCUCACGUGGCGCUGUAUUUAAGCGAGCUUAUGAGUCAGGGCAGUUCUCCAGCACCAGUCCUAUCUGCUACUUAUGGUAUAUCAUGGGCCCACCGGAAGGCAUUGGAACCUGACCCUUGUCAACACCCAUGGGUCCCUCAGGUGUGUGAGGCAGCUAAAAGGCUGUUGGGGCGUCCACCAGUCAAGAAGGAGAAUCUCAAGGUGGGCCAUGUUCAGGCUAUUGUGGAUCAGUUCGGGUAUUUUGGAACCAGCUUGGCAGAUCUGCAGACUGUCGUCAUCAUCUUAGUUGGUUUUGCAGGUUUUCUCCGUUGGAGCGAUCUGUCUGGUAUUCAGGUGGAGGGUAUGCAAUUCCACGACACCCACAUGGACAUCAUGCUAGGAAAGCGAAAGAAUGACCAAUACAGAAAGGGUAGUAUGAUUCCUAUAGCCCGUACUGGAUCUGUUUAUUGUCCUGUCUCAAUGAUGGAAAGGUUCAUUGCAAGGACCAAUACUUCAACAGGGCCCCUCUUUCAAGAAAUUAAGAUACAGGUAGGUAAUCAGAAGCUAUCUCACAACAAGCUUCGUUACUCCUCAGCAAGGUCCCAAGUCCUUCGCAUGUUCAAAGCUAUCGGAUUAGAGGAGAAGAAAUUUGGCCUACAUAGUUUGAGAGCUGGAGGAGCAUCAGCUGCGUCGGAGGCAGGAAUACCUGAGAGGCUAAUUUCAGCUCAUGGAGGAUGGAAAUCUGAGUCGUCUCGCAACGGUUAUAUCAGGGACAACAAGCAAACCCGUGUAUCUGUUUCUAAGGCACUGGGACUGUAGAUG